AUGCCAAGUAAAAGUGUGUCAGCAUCGAUGACUACUAUGCCUUCGACGUCAGGCAGCACCGAGCUGACAGCAUCAUCGCAACAUAAAAAGGCACAAGUGAUAUUUUUGCAACGAUCACCGAAGUUAAUUAUUAGCCGUAAUGGUAGUGAAGCGGUGCAACAUUUCAUUCUCACUCAACAACCAAUUAAUGGAUAUUCAUCGUUGAGGAUAGAAAACAUGAUAUUCAUAUAUUAUUUCAUACUUCUUUUGUAA